GCAACAGGAAGCUGGUCUUGUGUUCAUGUUCAGGUAGCUUUGUAUACUGGAGCAGCCUCCUCCUCCAUUGUGCCUCAACUUGCCUGGCAAAACUGCUUGUCACACACCGUCCCUGUCAUGAAGUCACAGGUGAUGACCAACCCUGAGGAAAUUGCCAGGACCUACAGAGAACUCAGCCGUUUCCCUUCUCUGGGCAGAGCAGAUGUGGGACCUGUCGUCACCUCUCAGUAUGGAGGCAAAUACAGCAACAUCUACACAGAAUGGAGUCAGCGUGAUCUGGACAGGAAUGAGAAUGUCAAGUUUUGUCGACAGUACAUUGUUUUCCACGAUGACAAGUCGGUGGUGUACUCUGGAGCCUCAGGAAACUGCACUGAGAUCAAAGGAGAGGUGCUAAGCAAGGAUUCCCCCUCAGGAGAAAUGAAGGCUGUUGUCAGAGAGUGCACAAUCAAAGGAGAAGACAAACAGUUUCUGGAGAUCUGGAGUAAAAACAUAAAGAUGAAGAGCAUCAAUCUAACAGCCUUAAAGAAGCACGGCAAAGUCUAUGAAGAUGAUCAGUUUGGCUCCUUGGUCUGGUCCCACUCUGAGACCCACCUCUUGUAUGUAGCAGAAAGGAAAAGACCUAAGGCUGAAUCCUUCUUCCAGAGUGAGUCACCAGAGUUGUCUUCUAUUGUGGACGAGGAGGACACCAUGCGGUCGGAGAAAAAGGAGGCUGUGAAAGGGGAGCAGUUUGUCUUCCACGAGGACUGGGGAGAGGCACUGGUUAGUAAGAGCUGUCCAGUGCUUUGUGUUUUGGACAUCGAGGGUGACAACGUCUCUGUGUUGGAGGGGGUGCCUGAAAAUAUCUCACCUGGACAGGCAUUUUGGGCUCCAGGUGACACAGGUGUGGUGUUUGUAGGCUGGUGGCAUGAGCCUUUCAGACUUGGCCUCAUGUACUGCCCCAACAGGAGGUCAUCUUUGUUCUAUGUGGAUCUUACUGGUGGGAAAUGUGAGCAGCUAACGUCGGGCACCACUGCAGUGUGCUCCCCCCGCCUGAGUCCAGACCAUUGUCGGAUCGUCUACCUGGAAUGUUCCGUCUACGGACCACACAUGCAGUGCAGCAAGCUCUGUAUGUAUGACUGGUAUACUAAGAAGACCUCGGUGGUGGUGGAUGUGGUGAAGAGACCUGGAGAGGAUGGCUUCACGGGUAUCUACAGCUCUCGGUUGUCCCCUCAGUGCUGGUCAGCUGAUAGUCAGCGUGUCAUUGUUGCUUGCCCUCAGCGCAGCCGCAAGGAUCUGUUGAUGGUGGAUACGAGCACAGGGAGCGUCACCUCUAUGACUUCAAAGUCUGAUGUUGGUAACUGGUGUCUGCUGAACAUACAGAGAGAUUUGAUGGUGGUCAGCUGCUCCUCUCCAAACUGCCCUCCAAGUCUGAGGGUGGGUUUCCUUCCGCCCAGGGAUUCUCCGGAGGAAGUGGUCUGGGUUACUUUGGAAGAGUCUCAGACGUUGCCAGAAAUUGAUUGGCAGAUCUUGACUUUCACCCCUCCACCAGAGGAAGACAACAGUCAAUACCCUGGUCUUGAUUUUGAAGCUUUGCUGAUCAAACCAAAGGAGGUUAAAGAUGGAGUGAAGCUGCCUCUUAUUGUCACUCCUCAUGGCGGUCCUCACUCAGUGAUUGUAGCUGACUGGCUCCUCUUCUCGUCUGUGCUGUGCAGGAUGGGCUUUGCUGUAUUACUGGUGAACUAUCGUGGCUCUCUUGGGUACGGCCAGGACAGUAUCUACUCAUUACUUGGCAAUGUUGGCAGCCAGGACGUCAAAGAUGUUCAAUUUGCAGUUGAAAGUGUUCUGAAAGGUGACCAGUUCGACACGCAGAAGGUGGCACUCUCUGGGGGCUCCCAUGGUGGUUUCCUGGCCUGCCAUCUGAUCGGCCAGUACCCAGGGUUCUACAAGGCCUGUGUGGCUCGCAACCCCGUCACCAAUUUUGCCUCUAUGAUUGGCAGCACAGACAUCCCAGACUGGUGCAUGGUUGAGGUCGGCUUCGACUACAGCACAGACUCUCUACCUGACCCUGCUGUUUGGGAACAGAUGCUGAACAAGUCCCCCAUUAAGCAUGUCGCACAGGUAAAGACACCAGUAUUGCUUACUUUGGGGGAAGAUGACAAGCGUGUACCCAACAAGCAAGGACUUGAAUAUUACAGAGCUCUGAAAGCAAAGCAGGUCCCAGUCCGGUUGCUGUGGUACUCAGGGAACAAUCACUCUCUCUCCAAGGUUGACGCCGAGUCCGAUGGCUUCAUGAACAUCGCUCUGUGGAUGAUUCAGCAUGUGUGUCAGUGAGGGGUAAAUAUCAGAUAAAUACACGGUGGUGUGCCAAUGCUGUUGUUGCUGCCAGGAAAAGAGAGCAGGACACUACCGUGUGUAAGAGAUGCUCCUGAUCUCAGGACAGUGUGAGGUCCAAUCCAAAGCCAAAGCAUUGAAAGUGCUCUCCAAACCCGAACACACUUUGUAUAACUCUCCUUUACUUGUAAUCUAUCUGUGACUGUGGUGAUUGCCACAAUUACUUCCAAUAAGUGGAUAGGGAAAUUAUAUUUUAACACAGCACUUGAAUAAAAGCGGGAUUGAUGCAACUUUGAUUAACCAGAAACACAUUUUUAUUUGAUAUAGUUUUUCUUUCGCAGUCUCUGCAUACACACGCAAACAAUAAAGGGCUUUUCAAUGUGUUAGUUGUGUUUGAGGUAAUAUUAGCAAAUGAAAAUAAUUUCAUAAUCAAUCUUUUCUCUGCUCUCUGUUAUGGUUUGCUUAAAAAAAACAACCUCUUGAUUCCAUGACAUCAUGAUACAGUGCACUUAAUAAAAUGAUUGUAAAAAUA